CGGGAGGGCCGGCUGGGCUCAGCCUCGCCUGGGCGGCUGCGGGCACGGAACGACGAUGGGGCGGCUCCGGGGCACCCUACUGUGCCUGCUGCUAGCGGUGGCGGUCCCCACGGCCCCUGCUCCGACGACGACCUCGACUCCCGUGGAGCCCGGCCCGGCUCUCAGCUACCCGCAGGAGGAGGCCACCCUCAACGAGAUGUUCCGCGAGGUUGAGGAACUGAUGGAGGACACGCAGCACAAACUGCGCAGCGCGGUGGAGGAGAUGGAGGCAGAGGAAGCUGCUGCUAAAACGUCAUCAGAAGUGAACCUGGGAAAUUUACCUCCCAGCUAUCACAACGAAACCAACACAGACACCAAGAUCGGAAACAACACCAUCCACGUGCACCGAGAAAUUCACAAGAUAACAAACAACCAGACUGGACAGACGGUCUUUUCAGAGACAGUUAUUACAUCUGUGGGAGAUGAAGAUGGCAGAAGGAGCCAUGAGUGCAUCAUUGAUGAGGACUGUGGGCCUGCCAAGUACUGCCAGUUUUCCAGCUUCCAGUACACCUGCCAGCCGUGCCGGGCCCCACAGACACUCUGCACCCGGGACAGCGAGUGCUGUGCUGACCAGCUGUGCGUCUGGGGUCACUGCACCAAAAUGGCCAGCAGAGGCAGUAAUGGGACCAUCUGUGAUAACCAGAGGGACUGCCAACCCGGGCUGUGCUGUGCUUUCCAGAGAGGCCUGCUGUUCCCUGUGUGCACACCCCUGCCGGUGGAGGGUGAGCUCUGCCAUGACCCUGCUAGCCGGCUCCUGGACCUCAUCACCUGGGAGCUGGAGCCUGAUGGAGCUUUGGACCGAUGCCCAUGUGCCAGCGGCCUCCUCUGCCAGCCCCACAGCCACAGCCUGGUGUAUGUGUGCGCGCCGGCCUUCGUCGGGAGCCAUGACAGAGACUGGGAUGGCCUGCUGCCCAGGGAUGCCCCUGAUGAGUAUGGAGAUGAUGGCUUCAUGGAGGAGGUGCGCCAGGAGCUGGAGAACCUGGAGAAGAGCAUGGCCGAGGAGAUGGGGCUUGGGGAGCCUGCUGCCGCCAAGCUGCUGGGAGGGGAGGAGAUUUAAAGCCAGACCCGGCCAUGGGUAGAUGUGCAAUAGAAAUAGCUAAUUUAUUUCCCCAGGGUGUCCUUGAGGUGUGGGCUGACCAGGAUUUUUUCUGUGUCCUUUUCCCGGUAAAUUUCCCCUCUGGCCUGAUGUGAUGAGGUGCUGUGCAUUUGUCCGGCUCCCCCAGGCUGUUCUCCAGGCGCCGUGGCUCCAAGGCUUGGCUGGGUGAGGGCAGGACUGGCUGCCAGGCCUAGUCCACAUCACUGGCCGCUUCUCCUCCACUGGCUGUCAGGUGGCACAUUUUGUCCUGAUCGCUUUGAGAAUUGUUUAAGGGGAGGGGAUGGGAAGCAUGUGGAGUUUCCCCGUGAUUGGUUUUGGGGAAAUGUGGUGAAAGUGCCCUGCUUUGCUAACGUCAACCUGGCAAAAUGCAACAUGAAUUUCACAGUUUCUUUCCGCGGGCUGCCUGCAGCGGCUGCAGUGAAGUGUUCCGCUCGCUCCGUGUCACGUGCAUUUACGCAUCCUGCGGUUUUACUCAGCUCCUACCUCUGUGCCUGGGCGGCAUCUCCAUAUCCACCACUGAUCCACUUUCUGGCCUGCAGAGGGUACAGUGUUCUCCUUGUCAGUCAGGGAACGUGAGGGCUCAGAGACAGCAAGCUGCUUGCCCAAGUCACACAGCAAGUGAAGACCAGAGCCCAUUGCCCCCAGGUGUGAGCCCAACCAAGCUCAGUGUUAUACUCCGGACUAUCCCACCCCAGCCUUAGUACACCAAAAGUACCCCCUAAAAUGAAGGAGAAUGAGACUUCUGGGUUUUUUUUUGAGGCACAUCUGGAAUUAAGGUAAAACUAGUUCCGAUAUCUAAGAUGAAGCUUCUGUUAGAAAUAUUGGUGAUCUCACCAGUGUGGGGAGGCUGUCAACCCAGUGGAGACGAGUGGUGUGGACACUGUCCCCGUUAGCACCUGCAUUAGUAACUUUGAAGGUACAUGAUUGGAGCACAGGAUAUACGUUAACUUGUAGAAACAGCACUUAGGUAAUUGCAGACCCAGGAUUAUAAAUUAAAUUUGCAAAAUCACUUAGCAGCAACUGAAGACCAUUAUUAACCACAUGGAGAACAUCAAACAGGACAGUCUCUGUGAAAUACGGUUAUAAUAUCCAAACUGAGAACGAUGAACUGUAUGCCGUUCCACAAAUGACAUUUUCAGGUGCCAUGGACUAUUUCCAUCCUGUAUUCAUCCAUAGUUAUUAAAUGUUAAAAGUUGUACAUGAUUGUAUUAGCAUGCUUUCUUUGAGUUUUAAAUUAUGUAUAAACACAUGUUGCAUUUAGAAAUCAAGCAUAAAUCACUUCAACU